AUGUCUAAAAGAAGUAGUUUUCAUAAGAUACCAAGAUUCAAACCUGAAGUCAAACUGCUCAAAAAUCGUUCCGGACAUUCAAUGAAUAUAUUCAACCGAAAAGAAAAAGUUGAAGUUUUACCAGAACCUAUAAAAUCUGCAUCUGAUAAAAAGCUAUACAAGACUAUAAGGCUAGAAAAUGGUUUGACAGCCCUCCUCAUCUCAGACCCAAGCAGACCUGCUGUGACUGAAGAUCAUAGCUCCAGUGAGGAGGAAAGCAGUUAUACAGAUGAUAGCUCAGGUCCUGAGAGUGAUGGCAACAAAUCUGUACAGUCUGGUGGUAGUGACCAUCAUGGAACAAAGAGGCAUAAUGAGUUUGAUGAAGAGAAACUGGCGGCCUGCGCGCUUUGCGUUGGCGUUGGCAGCUACAGCGACCCACCCGACAUACAAGGACUGGCACAUUUUGUCGAGCACAUGGUGUUCAUGGGUAGUGAGAAAUAUCCUAAGGAGAAUGAAUUUGAUGCUUUUAUUAAGAAAAAAGGCGGUUCGGACAACGCAUCCACAGACUGCGAGGUGACAACAUUCUACUUCGAAAUCCAAGAGAAACAUUUGCCUCACGCAAUGGACAUGUUUAGCCAGUUUUUCGUCAGCCCGCUCAUGAUGAAAGAUGCAAUGCAAAGAGAACGAGAGGCUAUAGAAUCUGAGUUUGCGAUUGCGUCACCGUCAGAUUCUAACCGCAAAGACCAACUUUUAUCAAGCUUAUUUCCUGAAGGUCAUCCUGCGCGCACAUUUACCUGGGGCAACCUACGUAGCUUGAAGGACGACUUGCAGGAUGACGAGAAACUACAUCGAGCUGCUCACGAAUUUAGGAAACGGCAUUAUAGUGCACAUCGGAUGACCGUGGCCGUACAGGCUCGUAUGGACCUAGCUGCUUUGGAGCAGUAUGUUAUCAACACAUUCGGACAAGUUCCGAAUAACAAACAGCCACCGGAUAACUUCACUGAGCACGCUUUCAGACCUGACGCAGUAACGCCAGAGUUCCGAAGUAUUUACUACGUGAAACCCAUCAGCGAUACCACUGAGGUCCAUCUAACGUGGUGUAUGCGGUCGCUACUGUCAGAGUAUGAGUCGAAACCUCACCAAUACAUCUCCUAUUUGUUGGGACACGAAGGCAAAGGCAGCUUACUUUCAUAUCUACGGAAGAAAGUGUGGGCACUCGGCAUCUACACCGGCAACUCAGAGAGCGGUAUCGACUACACGUCCAUGUACAGCUUAUUCUCAACGCAGGUGGUUCUCACGAAAGACGGACUCGAUCACAUUGAUGAUGUUUUAGAAGCAAUAUUCUCGUAUAUCAACAUGCUGAAGAAAAUCGGACCGUCGGAGCAGAUAUAUAACGAGAUCAAGACCAUAGAAGAGACAAGUUUUCGCUUCGAGGAAGAAUCGCAGCCCGCUGACUACGUGGAGUCUCUCGCUGAAAACAUGCACUUCUUUCCGCCAGAGCACUACAUUACAGGCGAUAGGCUUUACUAUAAAUAUGAUCCUAAGGGUAUAUCGGAGCUGCUAGACUGCAUGCGUGCCGAUACCGUUAACAUAAUGAUACUGUCCAAUAAACACACGACGCCCAUACAGUACGACGCCAAGGAGAAGUGGUUCGGCACAGAAUAUAAAAGACAAGAUAUACCACAAAGUUGGCUGCAGCGUUGGCUGAAUGUAGAACCAUACACAAACUUCCACUUACCCAGUAAAAAUAUCUACCUCACUACGAACUUCGACAUUAUUGCACCGGAGCAAGCCUACGUCGAAUCAGCUGAUGCCUUAGGAAUUGAUCUAAAGAAUAGCUCAGUUAAGGAUAUACAUAGGAAAGUUACCACUUCACCAAAGGUCAAGAAAGUAUUGAAGCAUGAGGAUUUGAUCGCUACUGUUAAUAAUUUUAGGUUAGACCAACCCAAUCUUCUCCGUAAGAACCGUCACAUGGAACUGUGGUACAAGCCCGACUUUAAGUUCCGAUUUCCAACCGCACUUCUGUAUUUCUACUUCAUCACACCGCUCAGUCUCAAGACACCUAGAGAAUCAUGUCUCCUAGAUCUUUGGACAGAUGUCUUACAGCAGGGACUAAAGGAAGAAGUGUAUCCAGCCAAUAUGGCGGACUUGUCGCAUUCGCUUUACGUAUCGGAUAAAGGACUUACUUUAAAAGUCAACGGGUACAAUCAAAAUUUGCAUCUUCUGGUGGAGCUGAUAACCCGUGAGAUGCGAACGUGUACGGACUCUCUGACUGGCCAGAUGUUUGAGGCCGUGCGUGAAGUGCGAGCUAGAAACUACCACAACAUGCUCAUCAAACCGCACAAGCUCUCUAAAGAUAUACGAAUGCAAGUCUUGCUGGAUCCUUACAUAUCUCCGCGCGAUAAAGCGUCUGUCAUACACAACAUCACAAUUGAUGAAUUGAAAAAUUUUAACGAACUCCUGCUUAGUAAAUUGUACUUGCAAGUGUUGGUGCAAGGAAAUUUAGCAUGGUACGAAGCGGUUAGAAUUUCGGAAAAUGUUUUAGCAAAUAUCAAAUGGGAAGGCCUAACAGAAGAUGAGUUGCCCGAGUUGCGUGUACAUCAACUACCUCUAGGCGAACGCAAGCUUCGAGUGUUGAGUCUCAACCCGGCGUCCACCAACAGCAUCGUCACAAACUACUACCAAGGAGAGUCCACAACGCCGCGCGAUACCGCUGUUUUAGAAGUUCUUAUGAUGCUAAUGGAGGAGCCCGUAUUCGACUCGUUGCGAACCAAGGAGCAACUUGGUUACAGCGUGUUCAGUAUGAUGCGCUACACGUUUGGCGUUCUGGGUUUCUCCGUCACUGUCAACACGCAAGUUGAUAAGUUUAGCGUGUCGCACGUGGACUCGCGUGUGGAGGCGUUCCUGAAGAAGUUCGCGCGCGACAUGAAGCGGCUCAGCGAGCGCGCGCUGGCCGCCACGCGCACGGCGCUCGUGCAGCUUAAGCACACCACCGACUACGAACUCAAGGAGGAGGUUGAAAGAAACUGGCGUGAAAUAGUGAGCAGGGAGUAUCAGUUCCAAAGGCUGUUUUCAGAGGCGGAAGCAAUAGAAAAAAUAAAGGUAGCCGAUAUUAGAAGCUGGGUUGACAACCACUUCUCAACUGGAAAUAAGUCGCACUUCAGGAAACUUUCUGUGCAGGUUAUGGGUCACUCGGCAAAGCAAGACAACGUAAGUACAGCCCUCACAGAAACACAACUGAAGAAUUAUAACCUCACUUACUUAGACGCUAAAAAUCCUAUAGGCGACUUCAUCGAGAACGACGCAGACUUUAUCAAGAAUAUAGACGAAUUUAAAAACAGUUUGCCGUUUGUACACGUACCUCAAAUUGAAUUAGCACAGUGUUAA